AUGGUAAGUUUACUAAGGAUCAUCAUUUCUACCAUAGUAAUGGUAGAAUUUGUUCUUGGAUAUUUUGCUAAUAGUUUCAUCACACUGGUGAACUGCAUCGACUGGAUCAAGAGACAAAAGUUCUCCUCAGCUGAUAGAAUUCUCACUGCCCUGGCAAUCUCCAGAAUUGGUUUGCUCUGGGUAAUAUUAAUAAAUUGGUACUUACUGUUGUUUAAUCCAGUUUUAUAUAGAUUAAAAAUAAGAACUUUUAACAUUGCCUGGUUUGUAAUCAACCAUUUUAGCAUAUGGCUUACUACUUGCCUCAGCAUAUUUUAUUUGCUCAAAAUAGCCAAUUUCUCUAGCCUUAUUUUUUUUCACCUAAAGCAGAGAGUUGAAAGGGUGCUUCAGGUGGUACUGUUGGGGAUGUUGGUCAUUCUGGGUUUUCAACUUGCAUUGGUAAUCACAGAUUACUGUUUGUGGAUGAAUGACUAUAAAGGAAACAUGACUUGGAAGAUCAAAUUGAGUGACAGUGUGCACCUUUCAGAUAAGAUUGUAUUCACUCUGGGAAUUUUCAUACCUUUCAUCAUGUCCCUGGCCUCUUUUCUGCUGUUACUCUCUUCCCUGGUGAAACACCACAAGAAGUUGCAGUUCAAUGGCAAAGGAUCCCACGGUGCCAGCACCAAGGCCCAUGUAAAAGCAAUGCAAACAGUGACCUCCUUCCUGUUGCUGUUUGCCAUUUAUUCUCUGGCUCUAAUUGCAUCAGCUUGGGGUUCUAAUAAGCUACAGAACAAUCUGAUCUUCGAGCUUUGCCAGGCCAUUGCAAUCAUCUAUCCAUCAAACCACUCAUUUAUUUUGAUUUUGGUAAACCAGAAGCUAAGACAGACCUUUCUGUCACUUCUGUGGCAGCUGAGGUGUUGGCUGAAAGAAAAGGAACCCUUAAUUCCAUAAAUUGAUAAGAGGGGCAUUGUGAGUCUUCUAGCAGAAAACAAACUGAUGGAGUCUUUGUAAGUGGUAUUUUAUACUUCUUCCUGA